AUGGCUGAGAAUUCCGAAGCGAAUGAUUUGGUGGUUAAGCCACAACAGCUCAUCGGUGGAAUCAACGGUUUGAUUUUACAAAUGCACAAAUACCAAGUUGAGCUGGACGAAUCCAAACAAAGGCAGUUAGAACAAGCAAAAAGAAUCAAAACGCUCGAAGAAAAAAACGAGGAGUACAAAAACGACAUAAACGAGUUGACAAAAACCAAGGAACGUUUGACAGAACAAAGCGGAUUCCUACAAAAAUCGCUGGACAAAAAGAAAGUAGAAAAUAACGAGAUUUUGGAGCGACUCAAACAAGCGGAGAUAAAGCUUGGCGAGUCUGGCAGUGUUUUGGCAACUGUAAGAAGUUUAGAAUCGAAAAACGAACUUUUGAGCGAGAAAAUGUCGAAUGUUUUGCUGAAUACGGAAGAAGAGAAUGCAAAAGCGAAGGAGGAACGUGGGCACUACACGAAGCUGCUCGAGGAGACAGCUGAAUUGAAUAAACGCAAUUUAGAGAUUCAGACUGAGCUGAGCAACGCGAGACAGACUGGAGAUGAGAAUACAAAACAAUCUAAGGCUUUUGUAGAAAGAUCCGAACAGCUCUGUUCAGAGAUUUUCAAAACCUUGGACGAAGUAUUUCGUGCAAAGCAGCAGUUCACGGAAUUCAACAGCGACAGAGUUAAGAACUGUUUGAAAGAAAACGCAUCGCUACAGAAGGAGAACAAAGAUCUCAAAGAAAAGGCUAAUGCUCUGGAGGUAAAACUUCAUGAAGAGCAACAGAGGGCAAACGAGGUUAGCAAAGAAAAGUUGUUGAAGAUUGAGGGAGAGAAACAAGAACUGUUGAAAGAAGUCCAUUUCUUGCAAAAGAAAAUACAAGAAAAAGUUGCCAAAAGCAACGCCGAGGCUCUUGAAAACGAGAAAAAGAACAAACAAUACGAGGCUCUGCAAGAACAACUUAAAAUGCUUGCUCAGAGUUAUAGCGAGGCAACACAGCAGCUGGGGCAGCUUAAGGAAAGCGUCGACGAGAGUAAAGACAUGUUGAAGGCCAAUAUCGAGAAAGGGGAGAACGCAGAAGAAGAUGCAGAGAAUAGUGGACACGAGAAAAUUGAUCAAGGUUAUAUUGCAAUGGCUAUUGAGAUGCAGGGGAUUUUUCAGCAGUCCGAUAUUAGGGAUGAAGAACUUGCAAGUUUAGAAAGCAUUGCAGGUAUCCAAGGACAGCGUUUCAGUAAUGGUGAGAACAGCGAGGGAUCGAGCAUGGCCUCUUGUAUUCGCGGACUUGUCGCGAUAAAGGACAGUCAGAUUGCCACAUUGACGAGGGAACGAGACGAGCUCAGUAGCGAAAUUGCAGAAAAGAAGAAAAACGAGUAUCGCCAUUUGUAUCAUCUCAAUGAACUGCAGAAGGAGAACGACGAGAUCUUAGCAAAAAUGGAAGCCUGUCAAGCAAAAUAUCGCAAGUUGAAGGAAGAUAAAGAAGAUAUUAGGCAAAGCUUGUUGGUGAAAAGUGCUGCAGAUAAGAUCACUCAUUCUUACAUUAAUAAGUUGAAGCACGAGAAUGAGCAACAUAAGGCCAACUUGGAAAAGCAUGAACAGGAAUUAAAGCAAAAAUUUCAACGAGUAAAAGAUGAACUGGAAGAAAAGAUGGAGGCAAAGAACGUUUUAGUUCAGACGAUGCAAGAGAAAAUUGCCAUUUACCAGCGUGAACGAGAAACGUUGAAGUGCGAAUUGAACUCGAGACAAAAGAAGGACAACGCUAUUAAAGAACAAAUAAUCUCGAUUUUUGAAAGCUGA